AUGGCUCAAGGAAGUUUAGUCGGUGGUGGAGGGUCAAACAACUGUGACAAGAAACCAGGGGCCCGCCUCAAGAUCACGGUUCCACGGUUUGAUAACACAGCGUUGAUUAGAGGCUAUUCCUGCACUCUAAUCGGAAGGUGUAUGAACCCGGCGGCCCAGGACGUGCAAGCGUUGCUGCAACACAUGCCUCGCUUCUGGAAGAUGGAGGAGAGAGUCGCCGGAGCAGAAUUGGGAUUGGGGAGGUUCCAAUUCGACUUCGACAAUGAGGAGGAUAUCAUCGAGGUGUUUAAGCUGGAACCUUUCUACUUUGACUACUGGAUGGUAUCCCUGGUGAGAUGGGAACCGGUGGUGGAUCCAACCUACCCUUCUGCGAUCAAAUUUUGGGUGCGUAUGAUGGGGAUCCCGCUUCACUUCUGGGCUGAACCCACGUUCAGAAGUAUUGGGGAAGCUCUCAGUGAAGUUUUGGAGGUGGAUAUCGAUGGUGGUCCGGUGAAAGUGUGCCUAGAUGGGUACAAACCUCUCAUCUUUGACACUACGGUGGAAUUCCACAGUGGAGAGGAGACUCUAGUGACUCUCAGUGUCCGGUGCUACGGAGAGCUAGAGAAGAGCGGGACAAUCAAAGGCGGAGAGACGAGAAGCCGGAUGGUUGAUCACGGGAUCAGGUCUUCCCUUUUCCUAUCCCUGAUUCUGCAAGUGCACAGGUCAGAAGUAGUAAACGGGUAUCGAACACGAGGACCAGAUUGCACACUACAAACUAUAAGAUUGAGAUCGAGCUAG